AUGAUCCAGCUGCUCUUGAGAGUGGCGACUCUCACCGAUGCCGACAGAUGGGACUGGCUCACCCGUCUGCGAGACAAAUCAUUACAGCAGUUGAAGAGAAAAUACCGAGACGUCAUCCGCGUCGCCCCUUACUACGACCACGACGUCCGAGGAUACAAGAAACGAUCUUUAUGUAGAAGAUCCUGGAGGCAGAACUUCAUAUCACUCUACUCUCGAAAAGCCACGACGUCCAAGUCCAUUUUAUAUGUCGGUGCCUGCCUGUCUGGAGAGCGAUCUCCUACCGAAACGGCUGUGAUAGGCUGUUCAGCACAAUAA